AUGGAACUAUCUUCCACUGGUGGAAAGGCUCCAAGAAAACAAUUGGCCACCAAGUCUGCCCGUAAAUCUGCCCCUGCUACCGGUGGUGUCAAGAAGCCUCACAGAUACCGUCCAGGAACUGUCGCUCUUCGAGAAAUUCGUCGAUACCAAAAGUCUACUGAACUCUUGAUCCGAAAGCUCCCCUUCCAACGUCUGGUUCGUGAAAUCGCUCAGGACUUCAAGACUGAUUUGCGAUUCCAAUCGUCCGCUAUCGGUGCUCUCCAAGAAGCUGCUGAAGCCUACCUCGUCGGUCUCUUUGAAGACACCAACUUGGCUGCCAUCCACGCUAAACGUGUGACCAUCCAACCUAAAGAUAUUCAACUCGCUCGCCGAUUGAGAGGAGAACGAUCUUAA